CGGCACCGGGAGCGGCACCGGGAGCGCGGCUCGGGCUGGGCGCGGCGGAGCGGCACCGGGAGCAUGGAGAUGGAGAAGCGCUUGACGCUGGAGCUGCGCAACAAGAAGCCGAGCGAGGUGAAGGAGCUGGUGCUGGACAACUGUCGCUCAGAGGAUGGCAAGGUGGUCGGGCUCUCCUCAGACUUUGAGAACCUGGAGUUCCUCAGCAUGAUCAACAUCAACCUGCUCUCUGUGUCCAACCUCCCCAAACUCAACAAGCUCCGGAAGCUGGAGCUGAGUGAUAAUAGGAUUUCUGGUGGCCUUGAAGUUCUAGCAGAGAAAACUCCCAACCUGACACACUUGAACCUAAGUGGCAACAAGAUCAAAGACAUCAAUACCCUGGAGCCCUUGAAAAAGUUGCCAAACCUCCACAGUCUGGACCUGUUCAACUGCGAGGUGACGAUGCUCAUCAACUACCGGGAGAGCGUGUUCGCCCUCCUGCCCCAGCUCACCUACCUGGAUGGCUUUGAUGCAGACGAGCAGGAAGCCCCUGACUCAGACCCUGAAGCAGAUGGGGAUGCACUGGAAGAUGAUUAUGAGAAUGGGGAAGUAGAAGGUGAGGAAGAGGAAGAUGAUGAGGAGGAAGAUGAUUUGGAUGAAGAAGUCAUUGAUGACGAGGAAGAUGAAGACGAUGAUCUGGAAGGUGAAGAGGAGGAGGAUGGAGUAGAUGAUGAGGAGGAAGAUGAGGAGGAGGAUGGUGAGGAGGAUGAAGAAGAUGAAGCUGAGGAGGACCAUCCGUGUGGGGAGAAGAGAAAACGAAGUCUAGAGGAUGAAGGAGAGGAAGAUGCAGAGGACGAAGAGGAUGAUGAGGAUGACUGAUCCCAGCGAGCCAAUCAGUUUUACAGACUCUGACUGCUUGUUUUAACCUCCCCGUUGUGUCUGUGUGAGACUGUAAAUCCCUGUCUCCCACUCCUCCUCCUCCCCCUUUGUAUGGCUGCAGCGUCACAAUAUAUUUUUUUAAGAUUUAGAAUACUGUAGGCAUUCAGGGGAAUCUUCCAUACAAGGCUCACUUUUUUCUCACAAGUAUCUCAUGACCAAAGGCUUUUCUCCGUUCGGUGGUUUGUGCAGCAGCUUAAAAAAAAAAAGGCAGAAAAAAAAGCGCAAAAAUAUAAUCAAAAAAAAAAGAGGGGGAAAAAAAAAUCUCCUCCUUAGGGUAUCUGUGUGUCCGAAAUCAGCUGUGCCACACUGGACCCAGAGCUCCAGCUGUCACCCUGCCAGCACAGAAGGCCUUUGCCACCCUCGUGCCCUCAGCCCAGGGCUCUGGAGACGCUUUUUGAGCCACCUCGGGUGCAAAAUCUGGUUCGUCUGCGUGGACUCAACGAUCCUGAGGGUGUCUCAGAUCUGAAAUCAUGGUGAUGUGAUCUCUGGACGUGCUUGAAGAUGCUUUAGUGCUGGGGAAGGGGGGUGCCUGGGGUUUUGGGGGGAGGGGGAGGGAGGGGCUGCUUGCAUGACCUGGUACCUCUGCCGCUGCACCUUGCAGUAACCCUGCACUUGCUUUCCUAUUUUAUUUUGUAAACUGGAACGUUUUUCCCAGUGGCCACUUCAGAACCAUCCCUUGGGCUGUCCCGUGAGGGGGUUUUUGUGGCUGUGUCCGUGUUGUGGGGAGCCCUGCAGCAGCUUUGGGAAGGGAUAGGGAAUGCAGGUGAGGGGGUACUGCUCCCCCAGCCCUCAUUUCACACUGCACAGCCCUGUGCAGCCACCAUCACUGUGAUGCUCCUGCAGACCGUGUUAGCCUGGAAAUUCUCAGGGUCCUUCUGCCAGCCAGUGCCACCUCUGCACGGGCCCCUGGUGCCAGCCUGGCCUGGCCAUCCUCCUCUUCCUCCUCCUGGGAGCAGAGCUCCAGCUCCCCCCUGGCGUCCCCGCUGUGGGGGUGGCACCCCGAGCUGGCUGCAGGGAGGAUGGGGGGAAGGCAGCCAGGUGCAUGCAGCAUUCCCAACCCCAUUCCCACCUUCCCUGCCGUCCCAGAGGUGUCCAGCCAGCGCAUCCCUCGGGAGGAGGGCCCGGGGAGGGAGGUGGGGGCAGCCCGGGGGUGCAGACAAGCACUGGCACUUUGUGGCAUUCCCGCUGGGGCUCCGUGUGCCCCCGGGGCCGAGCUCCAGCCCUGCCCUCCCCUCCGGGGGUGUGUUCAUCACAUCCCCCUUCCCGUCUCGCUUUGCUGGUGUCUCUUGCAUUGUACAGUCGCUGUGACCAUUCGGAGAAGUAAUCCUGUAAAAUGCAAACUGAGUAACUUAUAAAUGUUUAAGGAAUUUUAAAAAAAGAAAGAAAAAAAAAAGAGCAGCAGUUACUUCUAAUUUUUUUUCCCUGCAUUUUUAGCAGAUUGUAUGGAUUUUAUAUUAGCCUAGUAACUGUCAGGUUUUGAUUGGUCGGACUAGUCCCAGAAAUAAGGAUCUCCAGCCCUUUUGUAUCUUUUGUUACAAAAUUUGGAUAAAACUUUUAAUAAAGACUUCCGUUUUUAAAAAUCCA